AUGUGCAACCUAAAGCUGUCAGUUUUCUUCAUUGCACUUUCUGUCACUCUGAGCUGUUUGGAAGCUACACCUAUUGAGAAAUUACUAUCUGUGGCUGAUGAUCUAUCUGAUGGUACUUCCAAGACACAAGGAUGGAUAUUGCCAGGAAUGUCACAGAAUGCACUCUCAGGACUUAGCGAGGAAAUGCCAGAACAACCAGCAGCAAAUACUAAAAGUAGUCACCACCUAGAGAAACGGAAAUGCAACACUGCUACAUGUGUGACACAACGCUUGGCUGACUUUUUAGUUCGUUCCAGCAACAACAUCGGAGCAAUUUAUUCACCUACGAAUGUGGGGUCCAAUACAUAUGGAAAGAGGGACACAGUUGGGCUUUUAAGCAGAGAACCCCAGAACAAUGCACAGCUUUAG